CAGAUAAUCGACCUGAUGAUGCUGGUGGUGGACGUGGUGAAAGGAGUGCAGACUCAGACUGCCGAGUGUCUCCUGAUCGGACAGCUGACCUGUCCCCGCAUGGUGGUCGUGCUGAACAAGACCGACCUUCUGCCAGCCAGCAAGAGGCAGACUGCCAUUGAGAGGAUGACCAAGAGACUCCACAAAACGCUGGAGAACACCAGAUUUAAGGACUGUCCGGUGAUUGCGGUGGCAGCCAAGCCUGGAGGCCCCGAAGCUCCUGAUGCAGAGGAACCGCAGGGGGUGUCAGAGUUGAUUGAGCUAUUAAAAGAGCAAACGUAUCUCCCACAAAGAGACCCUGGAGGCGACCUGCUGAUGGCCGUAGACCACUGCUUCUCCAUCCGUGGCCAAGGAACGAUUAUGACCGGGACCAUCCUGCAGGGGUCGCUGGCCAUCAACGACACUGUGGAAAUCCCAGCUCUAAAAGUGAGCAAGAAGGUAAAGUCGAUACAGAUGUUUCGGAAGCCGGUCUCGGGGGCCAUGCAGGGAGACCGCGUGGGUGUGUGCGUGACCCAGUUUGACCCCAAGCUGCUGGAGCGGGGCGUCGUGUGCACCCCAGGCUCCCUGCGCACCCUCUACGCCGCCGUCAUCUCGGCCAGAAAGAUCGGCUACUUCAAGGGCUCGCUCUGCACGCGGGCCAAAUUCCACAUCACCGUGGGACACGAGACCGUCAUGGCAAGGGUGACCUUCUUCGGCCUCCCCGAGCGUUGUCCGGACACACCCGACCUACAGCCGUGCUCGCUGGAAACGGCCUUCUCCUUCGACAGGGAGUACCUCUACCAGGAAGACUACGUCGCCGGCCAGGGAGAGCCUAGUCCGGCACCCGACCCGGAGCAGUGGGCCUUGCUGGAGUUUGAGCGUCCGGUUACGUGCCCCUUACUCUGCCUGGUGAUUGGCUCCAAGCUGGACAGCGACAUCCAUGCGAACGCUUGCCGCUUGGCCUUCCAAGGACGUCUGCUGCACGCCUUUGAAGAUAAAUGCUACGCUGAGAGCAGCCUGCCUGGCCUGCUCAUCUACAAGACCAAACACAAGGAGGGACAAGUGGAGCGGGUGACCGACGACUACACUGUGAUUGGCCGAAGCCUCUUCAAGAAGGAAACCAACCUGCAGAUCUUUGUGGGCUUGAAGGUCACGCUGUCAACCGGCGAAUCCGGCGUCAUUGAGGGUGGAUUUGGUCAAAGUGGGAAGUUCAAAAUCCGGGUGCAAGAGGGUCUUCGCCCAGAAACCAAGCAGUUGCUGUCCUCGUCUGGCAAGAAAAAAGGGAAAGGAGGCGCCCGAGACGCUGCCAACGAAGAGGAGCCCAAAGCGGAGGCACAUCAGGUUAGCAUUCACUUGAAUUUCAAGCGCUACGUCUUUGACCCCCACAAGAAGAUGGUUCAGUUGUGAUUUGAGCACGGUUCCCUCGGAGAACUCCGCAGCCUUCGCUUUCCAAGGGGAACGUGAGAAAUGAUAUUGAAUGAUGUAACCGCAGACACAGAAAUGUUUUAUUUGCGAUGAACUCAAUUUACCUUCUCUCCAUAAUUCGCUGAAAUCAGAUGAGCCAAUAAUGGAACGUUUCCAUCUGCAUCUUCUAAGUUGCAUUAUAAAAACAAUCAUGUUCUUAUCUCUUUCUUGCCGGCGCUGGUUUCAAAGGUCACAUUUGUUAUUUCCAUCAUGGUUGACUCAAUCCCGCACUCUAGUUUUUUUUCAACCUCAUUUCUUGUAAUGACAGCAGAUGAAAGGUUUUGGUCCCCAAAAUGUUAAUUAUGUCAGAUUCAAAAUAAAACAAAUCUAAUCUGAA